GAAGGAUUUGAAAAUGGUAAGAUAACUGUUAAUAAACUACAAAAUGAUAAACAAGAUGAUGAAAAGAAAUAUAUGGAAUUAAAACAAAAGUAUGACAGCUUUGACCAAAAAUAUAAAGAUCAAAAUGAUAAUUUUGAAGAGUUAAUACGACAACGUGACGAACAAAUUGUUGCCCUAAAACAAAAAUGUGAUGAUUUUGAAGAAUUAAAACAAAAACAUGAAAAAUAUAAAGAACAAAUCGGUGACCUUGAAAAUUUAAAACAAAAAUCGGAACAACAAUUAAAGGAAAAAACUUCUCAAAUUAAAUCAUUGAAACAAAAGAAUAAAGAAUUAGAAGAAGCAGCAUCAACAUAUCAGUCAGCAUCUGAGGAAUUAAAACGAAA